AUGGCCAUCAACAGCCCAGUCUACGGCGGUGCUAAGCCCACCCUCGAUUGCUUGUGUUCCCUAAGGCCUUUAAACCCAGAACAUGUGACGCCGAGCGAAGCCCUUGCGAUGUCGCAGCUGACACGCGAGGGCGUCCUGGCCGCUUUGCAGAGGAGCCCGGAUGCCUCAGCAGUGGCACAGGUUCUGAACCCGGUACUGGAGGGCUGGUCGCGCAGCCCAGAGCAAGCGACCUGGAUCCUUUCACGAUUGGCAAAAGGGCAUCUGCCUACAAGCCUGCUGGUGAUGGAGGUGAUGCGGAUGCAGAAUGUCCAGGUCAACACAGUCCACAUGAACACGCUGCUCCAUGCGUAUGCAAGACGAGGGAAUUGGCUCGCAGCGGCCCGCUUGCUGGAUGACAUGGCCUUGCAGGAGGUCAGCCAAGACAUCAUCUCUUUCAGUUCUGUGAUCACAGCGUGCGAGAAGGGACAUGCCUGGGAGUUUGCGAUGGAGAUGCUGGAGCAUAUGCAGGUGGCGAAAGUGCAGCAGGACAUUAUCUGCAUGAACUCGGCCAUCAGUGCAUGUGAAAAAGCAGGAUGCUGGGCAGCCGCCUUGUCCCUGCUUGCUACUUCGCAGGAGAUGGCUGUCCGUCAAGACACCGUUACCUUCAACAGCUGCAUCAGCGCUUGUGAGAAGGCCAGCGAGUGGUCACGGGCUCUGCAUCUGCUAGGGUCCAUGUCAGGCAGGCUUGUAGACAGGCUUGGCCCUGGUGGCAUUUUGCUGUUCUGUCUGCAACAGAUAUGUCAGGCAGGCUUGUAG